CCGUGAAUGUACGUUGAAAUAAAAAAUUACGUUCAACCAGAACCACCGUAGAUUUUCAACAGCGAAUGGUAGAAAGGUAGAAUCAGGUAGAACAAAUAAUUAUCAUCGUGUGUUGUGUUCAGUGUUUAUUUGCUUUUGUUAUUUCUUCACCUUAUUCAUAAACAAAAGAGUUUCCAGAUUUCCAGUGAACCUCAACAUCGCCAGUAAAAUUUAUAUACCCACCUCAACUCUUAUUUUCAGAUGCAUAUCACCGAAGACAUUCUAUGUAGAAUUUUAAACAACGAUAAGCCUUCGAAGAUAUCAAUUUUGAACCGAUACAUUAAAAAUGACAUCGUCGACGUUGGAGAUUCGCAUACAUCGGAGCUAUCUCGUCUUCACGUCGUUUACCAGAAAAAGAACCGAAUAUUUAAUCGAACGUUUGUCCUCAAAGUACCAUCUGCUCAUCCAUUAUACAAAAUUGCACUCAAUUAUGGGAUUUACUCCAGAGAAUAUCUAGUUUAUACGCGUGUUUUGGAAGAAAUGUAUAAAUUAGAUGGAGAUCGUAUGAGUCCCAGGCUAUACUACGCUGAUAACAAAGACUCGCUUUUGUUAAAAGAUUUAUCACUAUCUGGUUAUAAACUAGAAGACCGCACCAAGCAAUUAGAUUUCGAUCAGUGUACUUUGGCUUUGAAAACGUUGGCGAAAUUUCACGCUUUAUCGAUUAAACUGAAGCAAUCGUCGAAGAUACCUUCAGAAAUGGAACAAUUGACAUGGAUGAAACGAUUACGAGAUCCUGAUGAUAUGGUAUAUGCUUUACUAAAUAACUCUGCCAAUCAAUUUUACAUAAAUAUGGAUCCGCAUAUAACCAAACAAUUUCCUUCGAUGAAGGAUACCGCGAUGACGAGCUAUCGAGAUAUUCUCCAUGAGAAUUUUUCUUUCUGCGUUUUAAAUCACGGUGAUUUUUGGAACGGUAAUAUCAUGUUCAAAUUUGAUAAGUACGGUAAUGUUAAGAAAGUCAAGUUUGUCGACUUCCAGCAAAGCCUAUGGACAUCUCCAGCCUAUGAUAUGCUUCAAUUCGUCAUUUGUAGUAUGCAAUUUGACGUUUAUGUAAAUUACUUCGAUAUUUUACUCGAUACUUACGUGACCACGUUGAACAGAAUACUGAAACAUUUACGAUGCGGUCAGUGUGACAAGGAAACCAUUAAGAAUGAUAUGAAGAAAAUGAGUCCGUUUGGAUUUAUGGUCUUGUUAUGUCUUUUACCCGAGUUCAUAAGUUCAAGAGAAGAUCCAUUGGAUUAUAGACUGGUUCCAAUCGGCGAAAAAAGUAUCAAUUUCGAGGCGUUGAAUAAGAUAUAUGCGAAUGAAUUGUACCUAGAGGUAUUGAAGAAGUGGUUGCAGCGUUAUAUCGAAAAGGGGCAUUUCUGAAGAAGAAUACCUAACUCAUCGAAAUGCCAGUUUUUCGAUUUCAUGUGAAUCUGAUUUUGUACGUUUGGUUAAUAUAUAUCACUCAGAUUUGAGCUCGAGUGAAAAUUAUCAAGUUCGACGUAUUUUUAUUUUGGUUAGUUCGUAAAAGUAUUUUUGCAUCGUAAUUCUGCUUACCUAGUUACUUAUUUACAAACACAAUUUAUUUUGUAAUAGCUAUACCUAAUCCUAUGUCGGUAAACAUUUAUCAUUAUUGUUAGGUAUUCUUCUUUUCUUUUCUAUAAUCUUAUCUCAAUUAAUGAAAACAACUCGAAAUUUCAUUCAUUUGAAUCCUCUGUGCUGAUAAGAUGAUAAGAGUAUAAGUAUAUGUGUUUGACUAAUUCUUGAAUAAAUAGGUACCUGAAUAGGUAGUGGUGCUAAAAGAAGAAUAGCAACAACUAGUACUUAUGUAAAACGUUUAUUAAACAUUUGUAAGCUAAUUUAUGUACAGUAUUUAUAAAAAUAACAAUUUUAGAAAAUUGACAAGUACAUAGAAAAGAAGUCUUUGAUCAGUUCGCCGGCCCAUUGGAAGAUUAGAAGUAUUUUGCGGAUUAUCAUGCUUUCAGUCGAAGAAACCUAGAGAAGAAAAAUAUUGAAAUUGAAAUGUAUUUUUACUAUACAAAUAUACUUACUUUCUUAAUUACCUA